GCGACUCCCUAAUUGGUUGCAAAAUUUUAGCUAGCUUUUAAAAAAAAAUAACUUGGGUCACAUAGAAAAAUGUGCUGAUACCUCGAUUUGCUUCACCAGCGGUAACAACAAUUAGGUCUCUGGAUUUGUCAGAGCUAAAUUAGACCAAGUAGCAGAAAUGGACUGGCAGAAAACGCUGCACAGCUGGCAGGAACGGAUCUCUCAAGAACUGGACUCGGUGGUGGAUUUUUGGCUACGGCACUCCCAUGAUAAGGAAUAUGGGUGGGGAAUUCCUGCUGAGAUACGCACGAGUGGCUCCACCUUCCCAGAAAUGUGCCUUUGUCCUGACCCGUGAUGGCCGGCCUGUGAAAAUCCAGCGUACCAUUUUUAGCGAGUGUUUUUAUGUUCUUGGGUUGGAUGAACUUGGUCGAGCUACAGGGGAAUCUCAUUAUCAGAGGGAGGCCCUUUCAAUGAUGGAAGCCAUCGUGCACUGGGUGAGAGAGGAUUCCUCUGAGUUGGGUCGUCCACAGCUGGCAGGCGCUGUGCCACAUGACUCUAUGGCUGUCCCCAUGAUGCUCCUCAACUUAGUGGAUCAGCUGUCAGAAGGAGAUGUGGAGGUUGCAAACCGCUUCAAGGACUUGGACAACUGGUCUGCUGAAAGAAUUCUGAGUCACCUUCAGAGGAAUGGUGCUGCGGUUUUGGAGAAUGUUUCUGAAGAUGGCAAGGAAUUGCCAGGGUGUUUGGGAAGACAGCAGAAUCCUGGUAAAAAGUGACUCAGAGGCCAGGAUGCUUUUGCGUUCUCUAAUUUGAAAUAUAUAGAAUGUAUAUGUGGUUUUAUAAAACACACUCACAUUCUUAUAGUAGUUCACUUUAUUGUCAUUGCACCUCGUACAACGAAAUUAAAUGCCCUCUUCAGCGUGCAUUAUAACUGUAAAAAUAAAACAAACGGAUCCUUCACAUUCUGUACGAUUGAGCUGAAAACCCGAUAUUGCAUUAAUAUUGAACUACUAUAUACAGAAAUAUUGCAUAUAGUAGAGAACGGUCAGAAGAUAGCAGUAGUGAUAGAUGUUACUAAGUGACAAAAACAUCAGGAAGAAGUAUAAGAAGCUGGAAAAGUACCAAGUCUGAAGGAAGAAUCAGAGAAAAUAAACGUGACCCGUCAAAACCGCGGUCCACUAAAGUGCGCCCGAUUAAAGCGCGUACGUGACGUCA